ACAGCGGGCUAGGCUACGGCAGUGUAACAACGUUUGGAUUAUUUAGCACGUAGAAAACGUGUCGCGGACGAUAGAGACCGAGGCUAAUUUUUUUUCUACAAUUAAACCUCUGCCUUCUUACGAAAAUCUUCUUAAAUUAACAUAAACAAAUUCUUUUUACGAAAUUGAAAGCUCUGUCAAUAUUGUUCCACUGAAACGUCACUGUAUCCGAUACAAAAGGCAUCGGUGAUGUAAAAUUUUGUAUAAACGUUUACCCUAUAUAUAUUAUUUAGCUGUUUUUGUGUGUCGAUCCCCGCCUGAGGGAUCAGCUGUUGUCCGCGCAUGUGCACCUGGCCCCGAGGCGAGCGACGCCAUUGACUUGCGUCACGCGACGCAUGUCCUUCGCGCAUUCACAUAGCGUUGUCGGUGGUCGGCAGACGCGUUGGUCCCCGCGGACUGUGCGAGUGUUACUGGCGUUGUUUACUGUUGGCCGCGGCCGGACAUACCGCGACGUGUCCCACUGGGACGGUAGCCAGCAUGGACGCUAUCUUGGCAGCGCUCGUCGCUCUCAUGGCACUGGCGGCAGCGAUGGCCGCCGUGCUGAGCACCCUCUCCAAAGCUGCGAUUUUCGCUCUCCUAGCGGUCGCACCCUGCCUCUACCGAUACAGGAAACGCAUCUACGUCAUUAUCAAAACUUUGCCUCGGGAUUUGAAAUUCCUAUGGCGGUACACAAAUGGAAUCAUCAGGUCGAAGCGCUGGGGCCGGCAGAACGCCACCGUGGCGGAGUUAUUCACACAGAGGGCGCUCCGGUGCCCCGACGCACCUUGCUUCAUAGUUGUCGAUGACCGCACAUGGACAUUUAAACAGAUGGCGGAAAAGUCAAAUCAAGUGGCCCGUGUUAUGCAAGAGCACGUUGGUUUGAAGCGUGGCGAUGUGGUCUGCGUGUUUAUGCCCAACUGCGGCGAGUAUGUGUGGUCGUGGCUGGGCAUGGCCAAGGUUGGCGCGGUGUCGGCGCUCAUCAACAGCAACCUGCGCCACAAGCCGCUGCUGCACUGCAUACAGGUGGCAAAGGCAAAGGCUAUCAUUUUCUCCGACAGCCUGGCCGGAGCAAUAGACGAAGUCCGAGACCAACUACCGGCGGAACUGAAGCUGUUCCAAUUGUACGGUGAAUGUGGAGCCGGCGUGAUUGAUUUCGGCGCCGAGAUGGAGAAGCAUCCCCCAGAGUACCCGGUGGUGGUCGACAAGCCUCAGUACAAAGACACGUUGCUGUACAUCUACACGUCGGGAACCACUGGCAUGCCUAAAGCCGCUGUGCUGCCCAACUCUAAGUAUUUGCUGGUGGUAGUAGCGACGGUUCAUAUGCUGGGUCUGCGAAGCUCUGACCGGCUAUACAACCCGCUGCCACUGUACCACACGGCAGGCGGUCUGGUGGGCACCGGCGCUGCGCUCGUCGACGGCAUACCCUCCGUACUGCGCGCCAAGUUCUCCGGCUCCAACUACUGGACGGACUGCAUCAAGUAUCAGUGCACGGUGGCGCAGUACAUCGGUGAGAUGUGCCGCUACCUGCUGGCGCAGCCACCGCGGCCGACAGACUCGCAGCACCGAGUCCGCAUCAUGGUCGGCAACGGCAUGCGCCCCGCAAUAUGGCAGCAGAUGGUCGACAGGUUCAAAGUGCCCCAGAUAAAUGAAAUCUACGGCGCUACAGAGGGCAACGCAAAUAUCAUAAACGUGGACAAUAAGGUGGGCGCGGUGGGCUUCCUGCCGCAGCUGGUGCCCACCUUCCUGCACCCCAUCGCACUCGUCCGCACAGACGAGCAGGGCCAGCUGAUGCGCGGCCCCGACGGCUACUGCGUGCGCUGUCAGCCCAAUGAGCCGGGCAUGUUCAUAGGACUGAUUGCACAGGGCAACGCCUCCAGAGAGUACUACGGAUAUGUUGACAAGAGCGACAGCAACAAGAAGUUGGUUCGCGACGUGUUUUGCGCUGGUGACGCGGCCUUCGUGAGCGGCGACAUCUUGGUGGCGGACGAGCUCGGCUACCUGUACUUCCGCGACCGCACCGGCGACACCUACAAGUGGAAGGGGGAGAACGUCGCCACUGCCGAGGUCGAGGACGCGCUCAUCGCAGCACUCGCGCGCCGCGACUGCGUCGUCUACGGCGUCUCGAUCCCGCAGACGGAGGGACGCGCGGGCAUGGCGGCUAUCGCGGACCCUGAGCGCUCGUUGGACCUCGGCAAGCUGGCGCGCGACCUCGAUCUCUCGCUGCCAUCUUACGCGCGACCGCUCUUCCUGCGCAUCAUGAACGACAUCGAGAUCACUGGUACGUUCAAACUAAAAAAGCUGCAGUACCAGAAGGAGGGCUUUGAUCCUGACGUGAUAAAGGACCCGCUGUACUUCCGCGCGGGCGCAGACUUCGUGCCGAUCACCUCGCAGCUGUUCAAUGACAUAUGCAACGGUAGAGUGAAGCUAUAAACUGAGGGAGACCUCGUCCCCCGCCGCAGCGCGCCGCCCCCGCACGUGUCCGUCAUACUGCGUGCGCCAUCUAGUGACGUGUCCUACGAACUAAUGUGCGGUGACGACGUCAUAACAAUUUUAUUGUUACAAUCGAAUAUAGUACACAAUAAUUUUAUUCUCACUCUUGGGUUUAGUAAAAUCAUUGGGACGUUCAAACCAAAUAAAUGUGAUGUUAACCAUAAUGUAUUUAUUAUCAUUUAUAUAUGGUCCAAGACCAUAAAAAAUGGAUGUGGAUGUGCAAAAGUGAUAAAUAUUGAUGGUUAUAGUUAGAAAAGGUAAUGACAAAUUGGAAAUGACAGGUUGGAAUAGAGGAUUCAAUCGGUCUGGGUGGUUGAGGAAUUUUUUCAAGACAAUACAAUUUAAGGUUAACUUUCGUAUAUUUUGACUUUAUUGCCAACAAUAUAUUUCAAGACACACUAAGCUAGUUCUUCAAUUUUUAAAAACCAAGUUCAAUUGUUAGAAGUAUAUACAAUUUCAUAGACAGUCCGUAAGAAAUAAGCGAUUUUUGUAACUCUGAUUAUUCCUUGAAAAAACAUUUCUAUAGUAUAUCUGUCGAUCGAUAAAUUUUUACUAACAUUUCAUAUUUAAAUUUAUCCCAGUAAUUGAAGAUUUCAAAUAUCGUAGUUUGAGUUUAGAUGCGACCCUUUUUGACAAAAUCGUAGUAAAACAUUCCGCGUUCUAGUCUCAUAAGCUUUUCUUUGUAAGGUUCCUACCGGGUUAAUUUUACUAGCGUUGUUUAUCCAAUUUCUUUUUUAUAUAUUAUGGUGACGUAGAUAGCGAAUAUCUUAUUAUUUGUGCCUUGUUGUAAGGACGGCAUUGUAGAUUUGCGUAUUUUAUUGCUCCUAAAUUACAUUGUAAGUUGUAAAUAAACACGUUAAAA